AAAUUGGCUAUCGCCUGGUGCCAAGCUGGUCACACCGGCACCUUGAGCUUGCCUUGUUAAAAACAUAGCAAGCCUUAAAAAUUAAAUAAAAAAAAGGAAUUCAACAAUUAUAUUAUUGCAAAGAACUGCGAACAUUCAUAAUUCAGAACCUUUUAAAAUUUCAAAGGGGAUAAAAAUAAAGUAUAAAAAAAUAAUACAACUAAAUUCAUCGAUAGGCAAUCGCUACUAUCGUUACGACGAUACCAUCGUACCAGCUCUAAAGCAAAACAAGAAGAAAAACCAUUCUUUUUCUGCAAAGGAAAUAGUUGCAAUUUGUUGAUUUACUAGCUUAAAUCGAGUGUAAAAUGAGUUCGGCUCGCUUCGCGCGCUCAGGGCGCGUCCGUAUCUGCAUCCUGAUGAGCAUGUUCAUCGUGCUCAUCAUGAUGAUUGUUAUCUACCAAAUGUCCCAACACCAAUUGGACGAGAGCCGCGCCUUCCAAGAGGGCCUCAGUGUCCAGAUGCAAUCCCUGAAUGCCGAAAAACUUACCGCCGAGAAGAGAAUGAGCGCGCUGCGCUCGGAAAAGAUGACCCUGCAGGAGCAGUACGAGGGUCAGUUGGCGGAGGCACUGCAGAAGCAGCACGACACGGAACACGCACUGCAGGAGAAGUUCGACGCUCAGGUGGAAAAGUACAAGCUGCUGGAGAUUAAGUACACCAACCUGGAGGCCGAGUUCGUCAAGAGCAAGAAGAAACACAUCGAGGACACGAACGCUUUCGACCAAAAGCUGCAAAAGGUCCUGGCGGAUCUUCAUAAGGACAAGGCCAGCAAGGAGCGCGAGGUGGCUGCCUGGAAGGAAAAGCUGGACAAGCUACAGCGCGAUGGUGAGCACAAGAUUCACGCCCUGGAAGCCACAAUUGCGGAAUUCAAGACCAACUGCAACUAUGUACCUAAAGUCCAGCCCGCCGAGGCACCGGUCCAGGGACACCAGCAGCAACUGAAUAAGCCCGCCGAGCAGAUGCCCACCACGCACCACUCAAAUCCUGCCCAGCUAGCGCACAGCAUUGAAAAGCCCCGCAACGAGAAGUCCUUCGAUGCCCAAGUGCAAAUUGUGCCCAAAUCGGUCAGUGAGAAGCAACAGCAGGAGGAGCCGCAACUAUCCGGCGGUCCUGUUUCCCCGUUAAGUGCACCCCGCAAGAGCAGCACCCAAGCCUCAGUGGGCAGCGCUUCGGACAAGAAAGCCGGUGAUGCCCCCAACGCAUCUGUAGCCCCAAAAGUUAGUAGCAGCGGCCUUCCCCCGCUUGCAGUGCCACCAGCGAAGACUGAGCGCAAACUUCCCGAAAACGUGGCUCCCAUUCCCGAGAACUUUGAAGACAAAGCGGAUACUAAGGGCGACGCUGUCGAUGUAGACAACGCCGCCGAAGACCUGCCGAAGAACGAGAACAACAAUCGUUACGCCAACGCAGUAAAUGAUAUGGAGGGCAACAAAAAUGUAGGCGUAGCUCCCAAACCCAUCGAGGAUUCGGGCGCUCACGAAGUUAAGGAUGCGUUAAACGAGCCUAGCUUUAAUUUGCCCGCCGCUGGUGGCGGCCAGAAUUUCUUCGAUGGCGAAUUGCCGGCACCUGGUCCCGGACCCGUUCCCGAUGAAACGGCCAAACAGAUGGCCGAGGCAGCCGGUGCCGGAGGAGGUGGCGACGGAGAUGACGACGACGAUGUGGGUGAUGUGGCCGUGAAACAGCCACAGCAUUUGCUCGAUACAGACAAUCUAAACAACGAAAUCGUUGCUGACCAGGGUAAGGAGUUCGCCGAAGGCAUCCACCUGGAAGACGGCAUGGAUGAAGAUCAAGAUGAGGACGACUAUUCCAAUGGUGGUGCAGCACGCAAGAAGGGAGGCGAGGUUAUUAGACACUAAGUAAGAUAAUUUUCUAUUAAUAUUGAGCGGCAAGUGUGCAAAGGCUUAGAAACCCCUUUAUAUUAAAGCCGUGCUCGGUAAGCCAUAGAUUCUAGGGUUAAUCAUAACGAAAUGUCGCAAAUCGAUCAUUGAAAUUUGUACGUUAAUUGAAGAUUAUAAAUCAAAAUCUAUCCUGGCUUGAGCACGCCCUAAGCUAUUUAGUUUGUAAGUUAAGUUCAACGUCAUGACUACCAUCAUUUCGUUAAUAGCAAAUGAAGAACAAGAAAUUAAAACUCGCAGGAAAUACAAUACUCUGAGAUGGAGCUACGAACAAAUGCAGACAGAUUUAAAAUGAAGACUGUUUCAGUUCUGCCUUGCAAAUUAUUAGUCCCGAAUUAGCAGUAAUCGAAAUCGUUGCUAAAUCCUUACAAGUUUCAUUAACAAAUAUACUCUAUAUACUUGGUUUUCUGUGAUAAAAAUAAACGCUGCGCUGCAUUUGGGCAAUGUUGCCUGUUUUUUUUGUCGCUGCCUACACGUUUCACUUCUGCAUUUGCAAUUCCGUCAACCCAUUUCGCUAGAGAUUAGGUAGCUACAUAAGAUAGGAGUGUACGCUAGCAUUCGAAAACACACACAAACUUUAUUGCUAAUGAUAAUAAUAAACUUAAUUGAUAAAUGUUAAUUUCUCGUAUCUAUAUAAAUGAAAAUUUAUGAUGCCAUAAUUAAAUUACGCGGGGAGCCCUAAACUAAAAAUGUAAUUAAAAGGAAUUAACUG